UGACGUCAUUGUCAAAAUACACAUUGAAGUGAUUUCCUGACUCACAGUCACUCAUUCCUUACAAUUCAGUUAUUUUACAGUUGAAGAAACUUAAUUUUCAUAUAGAAGCUUUUCUUUUUCAGUGUGUCAACAUGCCGUUAGAAUGGCUCUUUGGAAAGAAAAAGACUCCAGAGGAAAUGUUGCGACAGAACCAAAGGGCAUUAACCAAAGCAAUGAGAGAUCUGGAUAGAGAAAAAGCAAAGAUGGAGCAACAAGAGAAGAAAGUUAUUGCUGAUAUUAAGAAAAUGGCAAAGCAAGGACAGAUGGAUGCUGUAAAGAUUAUGGCCAAAGAUUUAGUUCGAACAAGACGUUAUGUAAAGAAAUUUAUUUUGAUGAGAGCUAAUAUUCAGGCUGUGUCACUAAAAAUACAGACAUUAAAAUCAAAUAAUGCUAUGGCCAAUGCAAUGAAAGGGGUUACAAGAGCCAUGCAAACAAUGAACAAACAGUUGAAGCUUCCACAAAUUCAGAAAAUAAUGAUGGAGUUUGAGAAACAAUCAGAAAUAAUGGAAAUGAAAGAAGAAAUGAUGAAUGAUGCUAUAGACGAUGCUAUGGGUGAUGAAGACGAUGAAGAUGAAAGUGAUGCUAUAGUUUCUCAAGUUUUAGAUGAAUUAGGUUUACAACUGACAGAUGAAUUAUCAGGUUUGCCAUCAACAGGGGGAACAUUAGCAGCUGGGGCAUCAAAACAACCGCAAGCACAGGCUGCCGGAGGAGGACCUAGCGAUGCUGAUGCAGAUUUAGAGGCACGAUUAGAAAAUUUACGACGACAGUGAAACUGUGAUAAUAUAUAAACUGUGGUGUACAUGAGCAUGACAUUUGUGUAGAACGAGAGAGCUGUUCAUGUGCAAUAGGGAACCUUCUUUCAUUCAUUAAUCUUCACAUGUGUAUUCUUGGCAUAAAAGGAAGGAACUCUGGGAAUGUAUUUUCUGUACUUAAUAGUUAUCUCUGUAGAUUUUAUACAGUAUUCUUCCAGUAUUUUCAAAUAACGCCACAUGAUUUGAAAUACCACUGGCCUGCUUCCCUAAAAUUAUCACACCAGACUUUUAAAACAAUAUAUUAUAAAAUCUAUUUCAGAUAGCCCCAUGGUGCUAGAAUGCCCUGAGGAACCCACUGGUAUAAAUCAAAUUAGGGAAAAAUUAUUUUGGAAACUUGAGUAUUCCUCCUUUAUUUUUAAACUGCGUUUUUUCCCUCAUACAUGGUGAUGCAAAAUAUAUUAUGAAAUAUUCACAUUUUAAGCCAUAAUAUAUUAAAAAUAGUAUACAUUGCAUUGGGUAAUUUUCACUGGGUGUUCUGACAAACCAAGACGUUGUACUUUAACUUACAUAUCAAUUAAUUCAAUUUCUGGUUGUAGUCAUAUUCUGUGUCUAUGACUUUAGUCUGCAUUAAUCCAUAAAAAGAAUUCCUAACAUGAGAAAUAAUGGCAUUGAUACAUUUACAGUAAAGGAGCAUCAACAUUCAAAAUGUAAUUGUGCCUAAGUUUUAUACUAAUUAAAACCUAGAUAUUUUUUAAGGCUGCUUCUCUGUUGUAUAAGUUCAAUUAUAUAGUUCUUUUCAGAUUGCUGCAAGUCAUGUCCAAGAUGACCUUUUCUCUUCCUGUUAUUUAUUUAUAUUCAUACAAUCUCUGAAACUUUUUAUACUGUGUACUCUAUGUACUAUAUUUUUCAGUACAAACAAGGUAAUUUGGUUCAAAAUUACUCUUGGUGGUGAAUCACUCUGAAACUGGGGGACAGUUAUUCAAUUACAACCUCUGUGUGUAUAUUUAUAUGGAAUAUGCAGAAACUAACCCCUUAUUUAUUAACAAUAUCUGUUAACAUUCACUAGUAGGAAGGAUUAUUAACUUAUAAUCUUGAGUGUAUUGUUGUUUUGCAGGGUGACAAGCUUAUCUUCAGAUUUUAAUUUUGAAAAUAUUAAAAAAAAUAUUCAAAUUUUACAUUUAAGUGAGAAGAAAAUGGUUUUAUCUGCAAACAUAAAUAAAAACUGUUUACCUCAACUGUAAGAGCUUUUUCAUUAAACUGGAUGUGGGAUGGUGAAGGAGGGACUUCUAAUAACCCCAAGAACCAACAUGCUUUCUUCAAUUUAUUAUGCAUACUUUGAAUGAACAUACAUUUUUGUAUCUAUGUCCAAGAAAUAAUUUCUCUUCAUACUCUCUGGAGCCUUGGUGGCCAAGUGGUCUAAGUAUUUCAUCUGCUGUAUCACUAGCCUGUCAACAUAGAGGUGGGAGUUUGAACCCUGCACAAGGUAGGUGUUGUGUGUUUGACUCCAAUCUUACUUGAUUAGGAUUGUCAGUAAUCUAGCCUGAGGUGAGUGAUUCUCUCCAGGCACUCCAACUUCCUCCACCAUUAAAAACUGACCGCCAUGAUUUAGCUAAUAGUGCUGAAAUCGCCAUUAAACCCCAACAAUCAAUCAACCAUAAUAUUUUCUUCAAUUUGAAAAAAGUACUAUGAGGAUUCCUUCCUACCAAAAGUGAUAACCCUUGUUAUAUAGUGUUAUUGAAAUCCUAUCUGGUAUUAUUUCUCAAAUACAAUUUUGCAUGAUGUGAUUGUAUAUCUUAGUUGUCAACGUACAAAAAAAAUGUAUACUGAUACACGUCUUAAUAUGAAGAAAUGAAAAUAUUGUUCCACAUUGAUCCCUCAAAUCAUUUAUUUUAAAAUAAAUUAUUGUAUUUGUUUUGAUAGUUAUAUUGUAUCAUAGUGUAAAGUUAUGUAAAUAAUUUUAUAUUGUGAUUAUUAAACAGUCAUUUUAUA